AUGGCGAACAAUAAGGUGGCCGUUCUCAGCGUCUCGGCCAUCGUCCUCGUGGCCGUCGUGGCCACCGUCGCCGUCACCGUAUCCAACCGCCAGUCCCGGCCGGCGCAAACUGAACUCUCCACCUCGAAUAAGAACAUCAAAGACUUCUGCCGCCCCACCGACUACCAGGCGACUUGCGAGAGCAGCCUCUCGGCGGUGGCCGGCAACACCACCGACCCCAAGGAGCUCGUCAACUUGGCCUUCCAGGUCACCAUCGACCACAUGAAGGAGGCCUUCAACCAUUCCACGGUGCUGUCGGAGGCCGCCAAGGACUCCCGCACUUCCGACGCCCUCGAGAACUGCCGUGAGCUCCUCGACUACGCCAUCGAUGACCUCAAGAGCUCGAUCGACCGGCUCGAUGGUUUCUCCCUCACCAAGCUCGACAAGUUCCUGGACGACCUCAAGGUGUGGAUCAGCGCUAGCAUCACGUACCAGGAGACGUGCCUCGAUGGGUUCGAGAACACGACCACCGACGCCGCGGAGUCCAUGCGGAAGGCGCUCAACAGCUCUGCCGAGCUGACGAGCAACAUCUUGGCCAUCGUCACCAAUUUCGACAGUGCGCUCGACUCGCUCAACCUCGGGUUCAACCGGAAGCUCCUCGCCGAGGAGUACCCCUCGUGGAUCUCCCCCGGCAACCGGCGGCUCCUCCAGCAGAGCCCCGCCGAGCUGAAACCGAACAUCACGGUAGCUAAGGACGGCUCCGGCGACGUCAAGACCAUUGGCGAAGCCGUCCUCCGCGUCCCCACUAAAAGCAAUUACACCUUCGUCAUCUACAUCAAGGAAGGAGUGUACGAGGAACAAGUGCAGGUCAACCGGAGCCUCACCAACGUGAUGAUGAUCGGCGAUGGGACAUCCAAGACUAAGAUCACCGGCAAGCUCAACUACAUCGACGGCACAGCGACCUUCAAGACCGCCACAGUCGCUAUCGUCGGCGACGGCUUCAUCGGAAAGGACCUCUGGAUCGAGAACUCGGCCGGGGCGGCGAAGCACCAGGCGGUGGCGCUUCGGGUGCAAUCGGACAAAUCGGUCUUCUACAACGUCCGGAUGGACGGGUACCAGGACACACUGUACGUGCACACCAAGCGGCAGUUCUACCGCGAGUGCACCAUCUCCGGCACCAUCGACUUCAUCUUCGGCGACUCCCCCACGGUGUUCCAGAACUGCCUCAUCCAGGCAAGGAAGCCACUCGACAACCAGCAGAACAUCGUGACGGCACAGGGGCGCAAGGACCGGCGCCAGGCCAGCGCCAUCAUCCUCCACAACUGCACCAUCAGCGCCGACCCCGCCUACUUCCCCGCCCGGAAGAAGCUGCCCACCUUCCUUGGCCGGCCAUGGAAGGAGUUCUCGAGGACCUUCGUGCUGCAGUCUCAGCUGGACGACCUGAUCGACCCCAAGGGGUGGCUUCCCUGGUCCGGCGACUUCGGCCUCAACUCCUGCUUCUACACCGAGCUCGACAACCGCGGCCCCGGCGCCGCCAUGAGCCAGAGGGUGAAUUGGAAGGGGGUGAAGUCCAUCGACUACGCCCACGCGCAGAAGUUCACCGUGGAGCAUUUCAUCCAGGGCAACUCGUGGCUGCCGAAGACCGGCGUGCCGUUCAUUCCCGGCCUCCUGCCGAUGACUGAGAGCGGCAGGAUCCACUGA